AUGGGAGGAUUCACGAUUGACCCGCUGAACAGUCUGAAUCUGGAUGAGGAUUACAAUAACGUUCUAAAGCUGAGGGAAUCGACAGUACUCAUUUCAUUCGGAUCGGUCAUUCAAUCUGCUGACAUGCCACUCAGUUUCAAGUGAGUCGAAGAAGGUUGAAUAAUCGUCACAUGAAUCACUUUAGAAACGGAAUCAUCGAGAUGUUUCACAAGUUACCGGAUAUUACGUUCAUCUGCAAGUACGAGGUAGAUGACGAGAGCAUUCUGAAGAGGUUCCCGGAGGAUGUGAUCCUCAAGAAAUGGGUUUCUCAGCCGGAAUUUUUAGCUGACAAGCGUCUGAAGCUAUUCAUAACUCACGGAGGACUGCAAUUUUUAAUUAACUUUUCCACCUGGAUACCUACCGUAUUAUAAUCUUUUACCUUUUUUCCAUUUUUAGCUCCGAGGCCAGCACCUGUGAGGCAUGCCAUAACAUCAAACAUCUCGGAGUCUUCAGCCAAUCCUGAGAAAGUUUGCGGUUAAGCGAGGCGGAGCCAGUAUCAGAGCAUCUAAACUUGUUCAGAAGUAACGAAAAACACUUCCGAGCGCAAUCCAUCUCAAAGAAUGUCUUCGAAAAACCUCUUCCUCGCUUUUUUUGUCGGAGCUUUUCUUACUUCAACAAUUGGAACUUAUCCAUUUGUUGACAUGUACUUUCUUGAAAGCCUGCGUACAACUCCACCUUAUGUUGAAGAUCGAGCUUGCGGUCUAAAGAUCCGCGAAAGAAUGAGGGACCUGUGCGGACAUUGCACACGAGGCGAUUCAGGUAAGAGUUUCUGUUGUCUUUUGUAGUCAAUGUAUCUGUUUUAUUUCAGAUCUGGCAGUUCGAAAAUGCUCACUGAACGUAUCCGAUGAGGAAUUGAUGGACGGAUGCUGUCCUGAUAAUAUAAAGACCACUACUGCUAUGCCGCUGCCGCUCACCGGUCCAGUGUUCCCUUCACUCCAGAACUCGAAGUCUACUCGUGAACCAGAGAAGUCCUUGAUCACUACUGACGGACAGUGA